CCUGACUGUGCGUCUGUCUUGUUGUCCUUGUUGUGUCUUUGUCGUCGUCGAUAACAAGAAGACGGUCAGCUCAGUCUCUCGACGCUCGCAGCUUCCGUGUCACCAAGAAACGCCGCAAGAGUAGAAUCCGACGUAACCGAGUGAUUGUCGCUGUGACGUUUCAUCCUCUGCAAAUCAUCCUGAGCUGCGACUGCUCGGCUGGUAGUGUCUCAAUCUACAUAAUUGAGGCGACACAUCACGACAGCGACGUUGGAAAUACAAGAGAGGCACAAAUCCGCACGCCCGCUGCCCGCUGUCACGCCGCCGUCUGACAAGCCCCCGACACACGACACAAGGACGACACGUCCAGGACAAAAAGACGACAUCAUCGGCCUCUAUCAUACUUUGUCCAAGCAGACAAUGAAGCAAUAGCCGUCGACGCCUCUUGCGCAAUUCUUUGACAGUCGCUUUGUCGAACAACAAUGGCCAUGCUGGCUUCCAAACCCUCGUUUCCUGCCCCUCUGGGAGCAACUCAAUAUCCUUCCAACAGCGCCGCCUAUCGCUCUGUCAACAACGGAGUCUAUGGCAGCCCUACAGAAUCCGAGUUUUCUGAUUCAUCGAGGAUGUCUGAUACUGUCAAAAAUUGGGACGAACAACGCGUCGGCGAGUGGCUUGUCAGUAUCAACUGCGGCCAAUAUGUCGACAUUUUCAAGAGAAACAACAUCACUGGAGAGAACCUUAUGGACAUGGACCCUGCAACGCUGAAAGAGAUGGGUGUCAACAAAAUCGGUGACCGCGUCCGCAUUGGCUCGCAAGCAAAGCUGUUCAGGACAAGCGUCUAUAGGAAGACGAGUAAGCGGAACAUGAACAGGCUCUCUCUGGCUACACUCGACGGCAACGCCCAAGCCAAUGCCCUUCCUGCCUCAUCGCCGCGUGAACGAGCCGUACUGUCUACCACUCGGAUACAACCUCCGCCUACCUCCCUCCGCGACAAGCGUCUCUCCCGUCGCAUAGAAGGCCAAGACCUUGCAAAAGUAAACUCUCGUCCCUCAUCACCCUUGAUCGACCAAGAGAACCGAUCUCGCAUGCCUAUGCAGAAGAGCAGCAGUACACCAUACCUACCCAAGCCAUCUCAAAGGCUCACUCCCGGCGAGACCCCUCCACGCUACGGUGGUCCUGUGGCCGGUCAUAUCCGUUCAAGCCCAAGCGUCGACAACCUCGCUACAUAUAGCAGCGCUCUACCUGCCGAUAAGGCUUUGAUCAGAGUCAUCUUUGACAGUGGCCGCUCAUCCAUGAUCAACAUCGAAGGCUGCGAAACUGCUGAUGACAUCGUCCUUAAAACGCUCAAGAAGGGCGCACUCAACGAGAAUCACGUCAAGAACUUCUGCUUCUACCUGCUUGAUGGCUUCAACCCCGAGCCCAAGUACUGUCGUCGUCUGGGAGAUACCGAGCUGCUCCGUAUCUGCAGUGAUCGUGUGCGUGGCGAGAGAGGUCGUCUCAUGCUCAGAAAGAUUCAUGCUGGAGAGCCAGAUGGAGAGCAACUACGCAUUGCCGCAAAGAUCGCCGAAAAAGAAGCUCCUUCACCUCCAGCUAUUGAGGUACAGCAACCCAUCAACAAGUCAAAGAGCCACCUCAAGAUCGAACAACUCAUCGGCGAGCCCUUGGCUGCGGUCAGCUACCCCAUGUCUCCUGCCUCGGUGCUUGAGCGGGAGAGAAACUCAUAUUUUGCUGCUCAGCCUUCCAUCAACACUGCUGGUGCUCGCGCUCGCAAGCUAAAGGAGUUUUACGGCGCUCGUCCUCCAACCGAACUCAUCACUCAAGAUCUUACUUCUUACUUCCCUGAUAUCGAGAAGGAAGAAAUGGACAAGACUGUCCGCAUGUCAAUCCGUCGUUCACGCAGACUUAGUAGAGCUGCCAACCGUCUGAGUACUAUGAGUAGCUUCAGCGUUGCCUCGAGCUUGAAGGAUGCUCCUCCUCUUCCGACCAUUGCUGACAGCUGGUUGAAUACCGCCAAUCAACCCAAGCCUCUUCGACCGCUCUCCGUUGUACGUCUCGGCCGUCCCGUCUCAAACUACCGCGACUCUAUCACAUCUUCUGUUCUUGAGCCUCUCGAUGAGGAGUCACCCCUUGAGCCCAAUCGCAAGUCCUACGUGUCUUUCGGUGCUGACAGCGGCUCUGAUUCGAAUGACCGCAACGUUGCUGUGACCGACCCUGAAGGCAACACCAUCAUGCAGAGCUACUUCGAUGACACUGGUAGCACCAGUCCAGCAAACACCGAGAACGGUGGAUCUCUCAACUCUCGCCUGAGUCAGGUCAUCGCUGAAGAUGGUGAAGAAUCAGACGACGAACUAAUGGAGCACCUCGAGAAUGACAGUUGGGAGAAUCUCAAGUACAUGAAGGGUGCCAUGAUUGGUCAAGGCUCUUUCGGCACUGUUUACUUGGCUUUACACGCCAUAACUGGUGAGCUAAUGGCUUGCAAGCAAGUCGAAAUGCCGUCCUCAUCUGGCACACACCUCGACGCCAAAAAGAACAACAUGGUCGAAGCCCUCAAGCGAGAGAUAGGACUUUUGCGCGAGCUCAAGCACCCCAACAUCGUGCAAUAUCUCGGCUCCAACUCCGACGACUCCCAUCUCAACAUUUUCCUCGAGUACGUCGCCGGUGGUUCAGUAGCCACCAUGCUCGUCAACUACGGUUCUUUGGGUGAACCUCUGAUUGCCAAUUUCGUCAGACAGAUAUUAUCUGGACUGGCAUACUUGCACUCAAAAGACAUUAUCCAUCGCGAUAUCAAAGGCGCCAACAUUCUCGUCGAUAACCACGGUAGCGUCAAAAUCAGUGAUUUCGGCAUCAGCAAGCGCGUCGAGGCUUCUUCUCUGCUCGUCCCAUCCACAGGCAAACGCACAGGCCCCCGUGUCUCCCUCCAAGGCUCCGUCUUCUGGAUGGCGCCCGAAGUCGUCAAGCAAACCGCCUACACUCGUAAAGCAGAUAUCUGGUCACUCGGCUGCCUCAUCGUGGAGAUGUUUACCGGUGUGCAUCCUCAUCCUAACUGCACGCAGUUGCAAGCGAUCUUCAAAAUUGGAUCUUCAGCUGCGCAGGCAAGACCAGAUAUGCCUGAGCAGGCGAGUGAGAGCGCUAAGGAUUUUCUUGAGCGCACUUUCGAGAUUGAGCAUGAGAAGCGACCGUCUGCGGAUGAGUUAUUGGGCUAUGCUUUCUGCGCACCCAAGGAGCCUGGAUCCGCUUGAUUGAUUGCAUGUCUUUGUCAGCAUCUUUGGUCUUACCAGCGCUCUUGUGUGGUUUUUUUUCUCUUCCUUUCUUGUUUUUCUUUCUUUAUCUGGAUGUAAGCGUAGGAGCUACGGGGUUUGCUGUUCUUGUGUUUUUCUUCUACGUUCUUUUCACGUAUUCAUGAGUAUGUAAGUGUAUGAUAAGAGAUAGGAGAAUUGAGUGGUAUACGAAAUUGAGAAAAUGCUCUCGACGACAAGAACAUGAUGUUUUUCUCUUUCCGACAAGUUCUGUCUCUGAUUAUCGAUGUUUGGUGUCGGUGUGAUGACUAGAUCUGCUUUGGAGUGUAAUGUUGAAAUACAACCAGUU